CCUCGACCAUUACUUCAAAUAUCGAUAUUUCGUGUCACACGUAAAAUUCCUCAGGGGUAUCUCAGGGUUUCGAUAUCCCAAAACAAACGUUGGAUCCAACGGUUCGUCAUUCUCGAGUUAGCUCUUGCCUGGUAUAAAUAUUGUGGAUAAUAAACCCUCGGGCCUCACAUUUCCGACAAGCCUUCGACGCGCAGCACACUUUUAUUUUGAUAGAAUAACCCAGAAAAAUGUCGUCUGACUCAAAAUAUUGUCACAAGGUUUCGGAGAGCCUGACUAUUGAAAAUGGAAUUCUGAAAGGAGCGGAUAAAGACUGCACCCUUAAUUACAACAGUUUCGGAGAGAUGCUUUUGGAGCGAAUGAGAUCGAACCCAACAUUCGUCGGACAGGUGGACGGUUCGACCGGUCGAGAGGAGACAUUUGGCGAGAUGUUGGAUAAGAGCGUGAAGUGUGCGUUGUGGAUGAGGGAGCAGAACAUCGGGACGGGUGACAUCGUGGGAAUUUGCACUCACAAUCAGUUGGACAUGUAUAUACCGUGCUUUGCUUCCAUUUUCGUUGGAGCGACGUACAAUCCAUGGUACGACAUUGGCUUGACGAAAGAAAUGGCAAAAUACUUCAUCGAAUUGACGAAGCCGAAAAUACUGUUCCUUACCGAAUCAAUCGCUGAGGUCGUCUCCAAAGUGCUCGAGGAAAUCGGCUCGGAGAUUCCGAUCAUUAUCUUCGGAGAUUCCUCAAAAUAUCUCUCCUUGAAUUCCAUUCUCGAAUCACAGGACUCAAAUGAAGUUGGUAAAUUUCGCUGCACGGAAUUACCCAGCCAAGAUGAACCUCUCAUUAUUCUUUACACUUCGGGAAGCACUGGACUGCCUAAAGCUGUACUCCAUUCACAUAAAUCCAUCUUUGGCAACAUCAAACACUAUUUGAAUGUCAACGAAAUCGAGAAGCCUGUUGUACUCUUGUUUGCACUGCUCUCCUGGCUCACUGGCACUUACAUCCUCUUUUUGGGUAUUCUUAUGCCUGCGAAAAGAAUUAUUUAUCCGCAAUACACCCCGGAAAAAUGCUUAGAAAUGAUUGAAAAGUACAAGGUUAACUGGAUCCUGCUUGCAUCCAGUGCGUGUAUUUCACUGGAGAAAUGUCCUGCGAUAUCGAAAUACGACGCAUCGUCUUUGAAGCUACUGGCCAUUGGCGGUGGAGCCAUUAGCGAAGAAACCGAAAGUUCUCUGGCAAAAUUAUUCCCCACAGCAUUUGUCUGCCAGUGCAUGGGUAUCACCGAAUUGGGGGGCCCGGUAAUAAAACAAGAAAGAGGAUGCAAGAGGGGUUCCAUGGGAAGGGUGACCGAGAACAGACAACUGAAAGUCGUCGAUCCUACAACCGGUAAAAUUUUGGGUCCGAAUGAGACGGGAGAAGCUUGUUUCAAGUCUCCGAACGUGAUGAUCCGUUACUACGGCAAUGCCGAGGCAACCAAAAAGGCGAUCGAUUCCGAAGGUUGGUAUCACAGCGGUGAUCUCGUUUAUUACGACGAAGACGGUCACGUUUUUUUCGCCGACCGAUUGGUAGAUUUGAUCAAGUACCGAGAUCAUCUGGUUUCUCCGGUUGUCAUCGCCAAUUUUCUGCUUCGUCAUCCAGCCGUUCAAAAAGUCACUGUUGUAGGACUCCCGCACAAAGCUGAUGGGGAGCAUCCGAUGGCGUUCGUAGAGAAAAAACCAGGAAGUCAAGUUACUGAAGAGGAAAUUCUGCAAACGGUGUCCGACGGACUUCCGGAUCAUUUUAAACUCCGAGGAGGUGUCAAGUUUUUGGAUAAAAUGCCGCACACAUCAUCCGACAAAAUAGCUCGGAAGGAGCUCAAAGCAUUGGCUUUGACUUUCGCUUGAAAAUCUGCUUUUGUGAUUCGAUAUUGAAUGUUUUUUUCCAAGUUUUAUUUCGAGACGAGGCUUGAUUGAAACGCUUGUACGAAUAAUCGACAGUUUCUGAGCCGUUGCAAUAUUUUUUAGUCCCCUGAAGAAGAAAUUUAUAGUUUUAGAAAAUCGUGACUUCGCCCCUUCAAGAGAACUUUCAGUCGUAAAAUCUACAAUGGAAUGUCCGCCGAAUUUGUCUUUGAAUUUUUGUAUUUUUAUGGAUUUUUAUUCAAAAAUAAAUCAAACUAUUCAUUAA